AUGUGGGUCCAUAAGAACCAUGAGUAUGACAUAGUCUUCAAGCUUCGAUUUCCUUAUUCGCUUCGAAAGAAGCAAAAAGCCAGUACCAUCCGCAACAUCGAUGCCAGGCCUUGCGAGGUUGUUGAAGUCUCCACUUACAAGACUUACAAGAGUGGUCACUCACUCUGUCGUCACUUUGUUGCAAUUGGUAUCUUCAAUGGCAAGAAGCUUGAGUAUCUCCGUUCCUGCUAUUCAUCCCACAAUUGUGACGUUCCUCAUGUGAACUUUUCUGACUACCAGCUGAUUGCUAUAUCUGAAGAUGGCUUUGUAAGUACUUAAAACUUAUUCAUAUCAGAUAGUGACAACACCAAGAACGAUGUGAGGCUUCCCACUGAUGAUGCUCUCCUCACUCAGCUCAAGGAUGAAUUUGCUGAGGGCAAGGAUCUUGUGGUGGUGACUGUCAUGUCUGCAAUGGGAGAGGAGCAGAUCUCUGGCAUUCGUAUCGCAAAAGAUUCUGUUCUGAUGUCAAAAUCUGUGUUCAAGAAAGCAUGUUUUGCAAUAUCAAAAUCACUUUGGGUGCUUAUUUGAGAAUUGAACUUCUGAUAUAUGUGUUUUAUUGAAUAGAUGCAUGUGUUUACUUUUUGCAGGGUCAGGAGGAUAUCGACUUCGAAAUCUCCAUGGAAGAAGCGAAAAACUCAAAAGAAUGGGGAAUAGGUUGUUCAGGCGAGGCAGACCUGAGCUGGCCAGUGAGCAUUUCCAUGAGGCGCUGCAUCAGCUUGAGCAAAUCAAUGGAAAUACCGACGCCGAAAAGGAAGCCCUGUUGGAUCUGAAGAAUGCGAUAAAUGUCAAUUUAGGUGCUUGUUACUUGAAGUUGGGAGGGUUCAAGGGUCUCUUGGAAGCGCCACUGAUGAGAAGUCUGCUGAUGAGGAGUCACUUGGGGCUUAUAUCUUGCCUUUUGGAGGGUUUACAGACUUUCUUAUUGUUAUUUUGGUUGUAUUUGUUUUUGGAUAUU